GGCAGCCCCGCCGCGCGGCGCGUGCUCGUACCGCUGCCGGCCGGCCGGCGAACGCACUCGUCGCGGUCGUCAGAAGCGGUCGCAGCUGCUGGCAGAAGCGCGACACCAGUAGCUGCAGGUUUGCCCACUCUGUGAGGCACACACACAAGCAUGGAGCUCACGCUGGAACGCAGCGACCUCUGCCAGGUCGGCACCAUCUCACACCUCAAUACGCUGGCCCUGACCGAGGACAAGAAGUCGGGGCGACUGCGAAUUGUCGUCGGCGACGACAACGGCGACGUCCAGGCCUUUGAGGUGAAACGAGGCGACGCCAAGUCGAUCUUCAAGACGAGCGCGGGCAAGGGCGGCGUGCAGGCCGUGUGUACGGGCGGCGGGAAGGUCAAGGAUCGGGUCUUUUGUGCCGUCGGGCAGGUCGUCGUCGGUCUAGGGAGGAAGGGCAAGCAAUUUUUUUCACUGCAAUCUUCGUUAGUAGAACCGAUCCGCUUCCUGUCCGUAGAUGAAGCUUUAUUGUUUACGGGCGGCGAAUAUGCUCACUCAAGAUACAGAGACGGUGCCGACGACGGCUUCUACACGUGUCCGGAUCGAAUCACGGCCAUGCACGUCCAGCGGUUUGCGGAUGAGCAUCACGUGUUUCUGGGGUGUAAAGACAGACGAAUUAGAAUGGUACAAAAGGAUGAACUCAUAGGGGAGAUCUCUACCGAGCGGCCCGCAUCAGCUUUAACAGUACGGGAAGUAACAUCACGGGCCUACGAACUCAUAGUAGGGGACGAGGGCGGUUCUAUAAGUUGCUACCUCUGCAAAGAGUCGACGCUCAACACGAAGGAGGCCUGGUCAAUCGGUGGUGACGCGAAGGUGACUUGUCUAGCAUGCUUUGACUUAACUAGAGACGGUCAGUUGGACGUCGUCGUCGGCCGGGCCGACGGGUUGGUGGAGGUCAUAUCCUUUGGGGAUGGCGUACCUACGGUAGCCUGGUCGCAGUCGCUCAACGAGGCCAUUCAUUCGCUGAGAUGUGGCCGCGUCUCUUCAUCUUCGAAUGACGAUAUUGUAGUGUGCACCUUUGCUGGUAGAAUAACAUCGUUCUCGAACGAGCCCAUGAAGGUGGAUGUGGAUGCCGAAGCUUCUCGAGCGAAAGAGAAAAUUGAGUUAUUGAAAAAAGACGUUCAAGAAUUGAGAGAAAAGGUCCACCGGGCCCGAGAGAAGGCACAGACAUCUCCUUCGAAAGCCUCGUCCAGCAAUCGGGGUUUCGUGCCCCGAGGCGAAUGUUCGUUGGAUGCCGAGCGAGCGUGUUAUCAAAUCUCGCUCGAGUUACCAGUACCUAUUGACUUAGUACACUUACGAUCAAGCUCAUCUUUGGACCUGUUGGAGGACGGCGCCGACGCGACGGCUGUCGUCUCGACCUGUGAGCCUGAUCCAAGGCAUGAUCUGCCAGGAAAACCACCUACAAAAUUACUCGCCGCGUUCCGCUGCCAAGACGACCAGCACGCUCUCAGGUUUUGUGUUAGGACUGUGGAGGGCGAGCCGGGGGACUUGAGGUGCGUUGUUGUUGCUAGAGGACAGCCGAAGAUCGGUCGAGUCGUCGACUUUCGGGUACCUGCUUUGUCCUUACACCGACGCGUCCAUGAAUUGACAGCUGAUCAACUCGCAAGACCGAAGAACAUCUUGACGCUGGAAGGCACGUUUACGUCGCAAAACGCGCACGACUGGCUGCGGUCUUGUUUGCCGGAGUGCCCCCCUCGAACGCAGCCGCGGUCGUCGUCUCCGAGACCGACGCUACAAAAGGAGGAGACAAGUGCCAAGGCUGACGAGCAAAAAGAGGAUAUACCAAAGGACUCGCUACGAUAUCCGAGAGAUGACGACGAUGAGUUUGCAGAAAUACUGAAGGAGGCGCAGGCCUGUUUCCCGGACGCCGUCCGCGAGGAGGCCAAAGAGCCAGAGGCCAAGGAGGAAGCACCACCGGAACCGGCAAAGCCACCACCCAUCCUCGACCUCCAGCACCGCCUCUGCUUCGAGAACGUCUACACCGGAGGCUGUGUGGAGUGCGACUACCAAGAGAACAAAGCUAGAAUAUGUUCCGAUAGCAUAAGCGCCCUAGCUAUCCUCAAGGAGCACAUCUCGAAGGAAGCGGUCCGACUCAGGCAGGAGGUCUCCGACCAUUUAGUGUUGGAUGAGCAGUCCAUACCAUCAUUCUUGAGACUGAUUGACCCCAAGCUCAAGUACCAGCGAAAGCUCGCGGAACGAGUGGAGUUGAUCGAUGCGAUCCACGAGAUCGCGACGGCGGAAGAAGAUACGAGGUGGCUCGAGGAGGAAUAUAGGUACAUCCACGAGCACGCCGACGAGCUGCGGAAGGAGCACGCGAAGGCGCCCCAGGCCCUCCAGUACUUGACAGGGGUCGUCGCCGACUUCUUCGUGGACGCCAUGAAGGCUCGAGGUAUUGACGGGCGGCCCCAGCUCGAGAAACUUGAUCAACUGUUGCUGGCGGCGUCGUACGACUUGGACAAGCUGUUGGCGUUCUUCAAUCCUUCAAUGCAUAAGGUGCCGUCGCGCGACGGGUUGAACUCGCUGGGGAUCUGAUAAGUAUAGUCUGUGCUA